AUGGCGGAGAGAGCCACGGGCCCGGCGGGCGGGCCCUUCCCCGCCGGCACCGCCGCGCUGCUGGCCGCGCUCAUGGGGCUGCUGGUGCUGGCCACGGUGCUGGGCAAUGCCCUGGUCAUUCUGGCGUUCGUGGUGGACCGGAGCCUCCGCACGCAGGGAAACUUCUUCUUCCUGAACCUGGCCGUCGCCGACCUGCUGGUGGGCGGCUUCUGCAUCCCCCUCUACAUCCCCUACGUGCUGACGGGCGAGUGGAGGCUCGGCAGGGGCUUGUGUAAGCUGUGGCUAGUGGUGGACUACCUGGUGUGCACCGCCUCCGUCUUCAACAUCGUCCUGAUCAGCUUCGACAGGUUCAUCUGUGUCACCAGAGCGGUCAGCUACAGGGCCCAGCAAGGGAUGACCAGAAAUGCAGUACUGAAGAUGAUGACUGUAUGGAUUGCUGCUUUUCUCCUCUAUGGGCCAGCCAUUCUCAGUUGGGAGCACAUUGCCCAAAAGAGCAUCCUCCCUGAAGGAGAAUGUCAUGCAGAAUUCUUCUACAACUGGUAUUUCCUAAUGAUUGCCUCUACUGUUGAAUUCUUUACACCUUUCAUCACUGUUAUGUACUUUAAUUUAAGUAUUUACCUUAACAUCAGGAAACGCACAUUGCUGCGAAAUGAAAACCUCUCACCUUGUCAAGAGGACUGUGAAAUGAAUUUCCAGGGGGGAAAAAGGGAACAGACUGUGUUUUUUGUAAAGCCAUCUAACAGAGACAAACAUGAGAAGAGAGCAAGCAGCCUUCUUCCCCCAAAGAAGGCUCCAGGGCUUCAGGCCUCAGCUGAGCUUGGCAAUCAGCCUUCAAAUCUGAGUGUCAGUCAUGACCUUCCACCCCUGCAGGUGGAGGUAAAGACCAGGCCUCCCAGGAAUGGCUUCUUCAAAGCAACAGAAAGUCUUUGCCAGCCCAGCAGCAAAGUGGAUGUUGCUAACAUUAUGGCAAACAGAUUUAGACUUUCCCGGGAUAAACGAGUAGCAAAGUCUUUAGCAGUUAUUGUGUGUGUGUUUGGGUUGUGCUGGGCUCCAUACACACUCCUGAUGAUCAUCAGGGCAGCCUGCCACGGGCACUGUGUGCACUAUUCCCUCUAUGAGAUUUCAUUCUGGCUUCUGUGGGUGAAUUCAGCCAUUAACCCUGUUCUCUACCCAUUGUGUCACAUGAGCUUUAGGAAAGCCUUCAUUAAACUCCUGUGUCCACGAAAGGCCAAAAUUCAUCCUGAUAUUUUGAUGUGAAAAGUAGGAAGGCUGAAAAUUAGUACAUCUUUUAUUUGGUGGGAGCACCAAAAAGCUAGUAUUGCAAUACCUGCAAAUAUUUAUGGAAUACUGGUAGGUAGGCACAAGUGUAGAUAUUUAUGAGUAUGUGGAAAUGCAGUCAUCAACGUAGCUGGGAAAAUCACAGCAGUGAAAAGAGAGGUCAUUUUUCAAAGCUCUUUAGAAAAUUACACCAACAGUGUAUUUUCUGGUAAUGGUACACUAGUGUUGAAGUGCUGAAAACAAAAAACAGCAUUCAUAGCUAAUAAUUAGAGUUCAGGCUCUGUCACUUUUAAUACCUAAAUAUUGCUGGAAUUUCAGAAAGCAUUAAUCUUGGGUCUGUCAUAUCUUACCCCAAAUCCACUUCAAGACAUCAGCUGAAGUUGUUAAGCCCAGGAUGUUUUCCCCCCCUCCACUUAGUGGCAAGCCAGGCAAGACAUGACCAACAAUAAAACAGGAAAAGCAUGGGACAGGAGGCAGCACAACAGUGAUGUUACCAGAGAAGCUGAGCAACUGUAGCAGGUAAGGGACCACUGACUUGAGUGGAAAAGGUGAUGGAAAUAGAAGAGAGUGGAAUAUUUAGUAGAACAAAGUCCAGGAACAGAAGUAUAGAAGGGUUUUGAGCUUUGUAAUAGGAGAUACAAAAAUUGGUUACUUACACACUGGAAGAGUUUCACUAAGAGUUCCCUCCCUCAGCAGUGACUUCCUGCCCCCCACCCAAAUCCUGCAUGGGCAGGAAUCUACUGAGGUCAAAACUCUAUUCCUUACAGGGCUGAGGGCAUUACUCUGUGCUUUGCUGUAAGGACAGAGUAAGCCUAAGUAGUCUAUGAGAUCCAUGACAGAGCUUUAGGUAAACUUCCCUUCCAGUAAUUUUUUAAGACAUUUACAAUUGGACCUUUACUACUUCUGGCUAGAUUACAAAAAAAAGUGUUGUUUUCCCCUACCCUACCCAUUGAAUCUUGCCAUCCAUCAAGUCAUUAGUGGGCAAUAAAGUAUCACUUGAAGUCUUGAGAUAUUUCCCAGGUUAUACAUCAUAACUGGCAUGACACGAAGUCUGUUACAAGUUACAGCCUUGCUACUGCCCAAGAGUGUCUCCGUCAUUGUGCCUGUGCCACAGGAGCAGCUCAUACAACUGAUCCUGAGUUUGGAGUAGAUUUAUCCCCCAAGGUGUCACACUGAGCAUCGCUAACGAUCCAAGUUUGUUCCACCAUCACCAGCAUUUACUACAUAAUCUAACAGAUGCUUUCCUUUGCUGAAAAGUGAUAGUUACUGAACAGCUCUAGUUGUCCACUGCCACAGUCAAAAUGCAUGGUAAUACAAUCUUAAAGUUUACAGGUAGUAAAAUUGUUUAUAUUGUAAAAUUUCAAUAAAAGUAAUUAAGAGCUGUGGAAGAGUUGUAACUGUGUAGCCCUAACAAGUGGGAGAGGGUAGAAAAGCACCAGUCUACAACAUUUGGGUGACUGCAGUUGAAACUGCAAAACUGGUAUUUCAAAAACACUUCCUAAGUUACAAGGACUGACACUGAGGACUAAAACAGGGUUAGCAAAUACUGGAAAUGAGGAGGACAUAUCCCUACACUAUGAAUGUAUCCACAUGAACAUCAUCACCACAUUCUGCUAUGGAUGUGCUACAACAAAACAGCUUAACAGUUCUAUGAGGAACAGUUUCAACAGAUACGGAGCAACACAAAGAUUCUUGAAUUAGGAUCAAUUAUAAACUUGGGGAAGUAAAGUCUUUAAAUUAUCUCCCCAUUUAUUUCUCCUCCCUUCCAAGCCAGACUAAUUCAUCAGUAUAUUAAUAAUCUAUUUGUUGUAUACUCUGCAAUUGUUUCCUAGGAUUGCAUGUGCCUUUUUCAGAAAAAAAGUAGCACUAAAUUACUGAACAAUCCCACCAAAGUCUCAUGUACUAUCCAAUCAAGCCAGGACACAUUUUCAGAAAACGAUGGUCACUCAAGGAGAAAAGUAAUUCAAUCAGUUAUCUUUAGAACACCAUGUUCAGUAAAAGCAAACCAGACAAGUCAAAACUUUCAGCAACUGGCAUUAACCCAUGGACUGGACCAGCUUCCCAGGAGCUGCCACUGGCCCUGCUCUACUGCUCGGUUUCCUACAGCACUGGAAUUCAAUUGCCAUCAGCUCUCUGGCACAGAAUCCAGUAGGAUUCUUCCUCACUCCAGGUAUGUCAUAAAGACAUUCUGAAAUGUGAGCACACACCAUCUCAGCACCAUGUGGAGAAACACUGGGUCUGUAUCACAAACUCCUACACUAGAAAUGCCAACAGCCGCCCAGCUCAGCCAGGGUAACUAUGCCUUGAUUUUUCUGUCCCUACAAAACAAAGCUCUUCACUUUUAUCAGAAGGUUCAACACUGGGCUCUGAAGAGACAUGAAACAACAGGUGUUAAUAGCAACUUUAUUGUUUCACCGGUGCAAAAUCAUGAUACUGAAUAAACUUGUGUAAUGCAUUUUCCCCUAAAUUUACAGUAAUGAAGGUUAUACAUAUCUAUAUAGAUUGCAAUUUCUCUAUUUUUUAUACUAUUUGGAACAAAAUUAUCUUGAUAAAUAUGCCCUGUGCACAGUACUGGCCCUCACUGAAUGUCACAGAGCCUUAAUAUGCAAAAUAUAACUUCUGUUUUUUUGAACAUGGUACUUUAAAACUCUCCAAACAUGCAUUAAUAUAUUCUAGUUUUAGGGAAAAAUAUUACACUUAAGUCUUAACUCGCAUUAAAAGAAAAGCACAAGCAGAAUUUGACAUACAAUAAU